UUUGAACAACUGGAAGGAAAUAAUUUUGCUCCUUGAAAGCAGCUUUUUUUCUCUGCUUGUGGGUGCAGUUAAUUGCAGCUGCAAUUUACCACUGUUGCAGGCAUGCCUCAACAAUAUUUUCACAAGACACCAGAACAGUAUUACUGUUCUGAUAUUACCAAUAAUGCUGUUCCAAAACAACAUACAGAUCGUUAUCUUCAUCUUCUGGGAGAUCAUGUGUGGCUGGAGCCAAAGACCAAAGAAGAAUUUUCUGUGGCCAUUGGUGCCCGGGUGAAAUUUACAGAGUCUGGAAGAGUUCUUGUUGUCGAUGACGAUGGGAAAGAGAUAUGGGUUGAUGGCAAAAGACAAAUUCGUCACAUGCACACUUCUUCCGUUUCCGGGGUGGAAGACAUGAUUGGAUUGGGAGAUUUGAACGAGGCUGGUAUACUGAGAAAUCUGUCCAUACGAUACACGAAGGAUUUAAUCUAUACCUACACUGGAUCAAUUCUUGUUGCUGUGAAUCCCUACCAGGUGCUCCCUAUUUACACACCUGAAAGUAUUCAGCUGUACAGGGACAAAAAAAUAGGAGAACUCAGUCCUCACAUAUUUGCUAUUGCUGACAACUCUUAUUUCAGUAUGAAAAGAUACCAACAAGACCAGUGUGUAAUUAUCAGUGGGGAAUCAGGGGCUGGCAAAACAGAGAGUACCAAAUUGAUUUUACAGUUUUUAGCUGCCAUCAGUGGUCAGCAUUCAUGGAUUGAGCAGCAGAUAUUGGAAGCUAAUCCAAUUAUGGAAGCCUUUGGCAAUGCCAAAACCAUUCGCAAUGAUAAUUCUAGCCGUUUUGGGAAAUAUAUUGAUAUUCACUUCAAUAACACUGGCUCAAUUGAAGGUGCCAGGAUUGACCAAUAUCUUUUGGAGAAGUCAAGAAUUGUGAAUCAGAACUAUUACUACUUGACUCAGGGUAAAUCACUGGUGUGUGAAGGGCGUGAUGAUGCAAAAGAAUAUGCCAACAUUCGUUCAGCCAUGAAAGUUCUUAUGUUCAAAGACAAUGAAGUGGUUGAAAUUCAGAAAAUCUUGGCUUCUUUGCUUCAUCUUGGCAAUAUUCGUUACAAUGCCAUUCAAGUAAACAAUAUUGAUGCCAGUGAAAUUUUGGACAUUGCCCAUGUCAAAAAAGCUGCUCAAAUGCUUGGAGUGGACGCACAAUCUCUCAUCGAUGCCCUGACCACUCGUACUAUCUUCACCCGUGGUGACAGCGUCACAUCUACAAUGGGUACAGCUUCCUCUGUUGAUGUCAGAGAUGCCUUUGUGAAAGGCAUCUAUGGCCGCAUGUUUGUUUGGAUCGUAGAUAAAAUAAACGAGGCCAUUUACAAACCGAAAAUUUCACCAAGUCAUUACAGAACUAGUAUUGGGGUCUUGGAUAUAUUUGGAUUUGAGAACUUUGAUCAUAAUAGCUUUGAACAGAUGUGUAUCAACUAUGCCAAUGAAAAUCUCCAACAGUUUUUUGUGCAGCAUAUCUUCAAGUUGGAACAGGAAGAAUACAAUAGUGAAGGCAUCAACUGGCAGCAUAUUGAAUUUGUUGAUAACCAGGAUGCUCUUGAUUUGAUUGCUGCGAAACCAAUGAACAUAAUCUCUUUGAUUGAUGAAGAAAGUAAAUUUCCCAAGGGAACAGACUCGACUCUGUUGAGUAAACUCCACCAACAACAUGGCAACAACAGCAACUAUCUACGAGCCAAAUCAGAAAUCAGUAUGGUGUUUGGUCUUAACCACUUUGCAGGAGUCGUCUUUUAUGAUACCAGAGGAUUCUUGGAGAAAAAUCGUGACACUUUUAGUGUGGAUCUGAUACACUUGGUCCAAACUUCAUCGAAUGCAUUCCUUACCAACCUCUUUGUUUCUGAAGUCAGCAUGGGAAACGAAACAAGAAAAAGAGCACCUACUUUAGGGGCCCAGUUCAAGAAAUCCCUGGAUUCACUAAUGAGGACACUCAGCAACUGCCAACCUUUCUUUGUGAGAUGCAUCAAACCAAAUGACUACAAGAAACCAUAUAUGUUUGACCGUACCUUGUGCUGCCGACAAUUGAGGUAUUCAGGUAUGAUGGAAACUAUCAGAAUACGAAGAGCUGGCUAUCCAAUCCGACAUCUCUUUAAAGACUUUGUCGAUCGUUACCGUGUCCUGGCUUCAGGUAUUCUGGCUUCACACAAAGAGAACUGCCGAGAAGCAUCUUACAAGAUUUUGCAGAUCGUUCUAAAAAAUGCCGAUUACCAGCUUGGGAAGACAAAAGUCUUUUUGAAGGAUGCCCAAGAUGUAUUCCUUGAACAGCAGAGAGAGGAAGUGAUGACUCAUAAAAUUCUCAUCAUUCAGAAGACAAUUCGUGCUUGGGCUGUAAGACGAAGAUUUGUGCAAAUGAGAAAUGGUGUGAUUGUCAUUCAGCGUUCAUGGAAAGCCUUUGAAGCAAGAAGACGAUUCAGAAGAAUGAAGUAUGGUUACAUGCGACUCCAAGCCUUGUCCCGUGCGCGGAUACUUACCUACAGCUACCUUCAGUUACGCCACAAAAUCAUCAACUUCCAAUGCCGUGCUCAUGGCUACCUGGUACGUCAAGCUCUGAGGAAACGGUGCGUUGCCAUUGUGAAGAUUCAGUCUGGUGUCAGAGCCAUGAUUGCCAGGAAACGAUUCCGACGUCUUAAAAUUGAGGAAAACAAACUCCGUAAAAAUAUGACUGAGAAAAAAGCCAAACAAGAGGCGGACAAACUUCACCAGGAAAGACUUGCUUCCAUCAAAAAAGCUCGAGAAGAUGAAGAACUGAAAGAACGCGAAGAAGCAAGCAGAAAAAAUAGAGAAAUUCAAAUAGCAGAACAGAAGCGCAAUGAGAAUAAAAUUGAUUAUGACAAAAUUGUUGGAGAUAUGUUUGGUCCCAUCUAUGAUGCAGCCGGCCAAAAGAUUGAGACAUCAUCCUCAAUGUUUGGUAGUACAAGUUUCGAAAGAGCAAAGGUUGCUGAAGGGGAGACCAACAUACAGCCACUUCACUUACCUGACCAAGAAUUACUGCAGGAAUACAAAUUUCCUAAGUUUGUUUCUCUCUAUUUCCAAAACAAUGCCUCCAGUAUCUAUAUUAGACGGGCUCUCAACGAACCAUUGUUACACCUUCAAAACCCAGGAGAUCAAAUGGCUGCUCUUGCUGUUUGGAUUACAAUUCUGCGAUUUAUGGGAGACCUUCCUGAACCUAAAUACCAUACAUCUAUGGCAGAUGCACGGCAAGAUACAACUCCUGUGAUGACAAAAAUUUAUUCAACCCUUGGCCGAAAGUUUAAUAAGAAAGACCUAGAUGAAGCCAGACAAAUGGGAGCAGAAUUGGAAAACGAACCCAUUAUCUCAAUGAAACAAGGUAAAAAAAGUAUGCGUCGGAAACUGGUUUCACUCACUCUGAAACGAAAAUCGAAACUCACUGAAGAAGUUACUCGUAAAAUGGAAAUAAAUGAAAAGUCUGUUGGUUUUGAAAGUGGAGGAGCAGGAAAUGCUCUGUUAGAUGAUCGACCAACAUCCAAUCUAGAGAAAUUACAUUUUAUCAUUGGUAACGGCAUCUUACGACCUGAAUUGCGAGAUGAGAUAUACUGCCAAAUGUGUAAACAAUUAUCACAGAACCCUUCAAAAAGCAGUCAGGCGAGGGGAUGGAUUUUACUGUCGCUAUGUGUUGGCUGUUUUGCUCCAUCAAAUAAGUUCAUAAAUUAUUUGCGUCAGAAAGAUUCUACAAAAUCCAAGAAACCUUUGUUGUUACCAAUAACAUUUAUGGAUGGAACAUCAAAAACCCUGCUUGCAGACUCUGCCACCACUGCUCGAGAACUCUGUCAACAGUUGUCAGAAAAGGUUGACCUUCAAGAUCAGUUUGGUUUCUCUCUCUACAUUGCUUUGUAUGAUAAGGUAUCUUCUCUUGGAAGUGGAAGUGAUCAUGUCAUGGAUGCUAUAUCUCAAUGUGAACAAUAUGCAAAAGAACAAGGAGCGCAAGAACGUAAUGCACCUUGGAGACUGUUUUUCAGGAAAGAAAUCUUUGCCCCUUGGCAUGACCCGACAGAAGAUGCAGUUGCAACCCAUCUGAUUUAUCAGCAAGUUGUCCGUGGAAUCCAGUUUGGGGAGUACCGCUGUGAGAAAGAUGAUGACUUAGCGAUGAUAGCAGCACAACAGUAUUUUGUUGGCUACGGCACUGAUCUCAACAACGAGCGCCUACAAACUCUCUUAAACACUUACAUUCCGGAGAAUCGGCUCGCUAGCAAAGGUCUUCCAAACUGGAUAAACCUCGUCCUAACUAAGCUAAAAUCUUCCUAUUUCAACACCCUGAAACCCAUCAAAGUCAAAGAAGACAUUGUCCGCUAUGCCAAAUACAGGUGGCCUCUCCUCUUUUCACGAUUCUAUGAAGCUUAUAAAUUUGCAGGACCAAGUCUACCGAAAAACGAUGUGAUCAUCGCUGUCAAUUGGACUGGCGUAUAUAUCGUUGAUGACCAAGAACAAGUUCUUCUAGAACUUUCUUUCCCAGAAAUUACUUCUGUUUCCAGUAGUCGUACUCGGAAACUUCAUGGACAGAGUUUUACUUUGGCAACCAUUAAAGGAGAAGAGUAUACAUUUACAUCUCCAAACUCAGAGGAUAUCAAAGACUUAAUUGUUACAUUCCUGGAAGGCUUGAGAAAACGGUCACGCUUUGUCAUUGCCAUUCAUGACUACAGCCCUCCCCCUGGUGACAGUAGUUCCUUCCUGUCAUUCCAAAAAGGAGAUCUUAUAAAUUUGGACCAACAGACUGGUGAACAAGUGCUUAAUUCUGGCUGGUCAUAUGGUCAGUGUCAGAGAACUAAACGUUCUGGAGAUUUCCCAGCAGAAUGUGUCUAUGUUCUUCCUACAAUUACCAAACCAUCAGAUGAAAUUGUUACUUUGUUCACCCGUGGUGCGGAAUAUACUGCCCGGGAUACAUCAACACCAAGUGAAACCUCUUCCAUAUCAGAACAGAGAGAGAAGCCACACACACUUGAAACGUUCUCAUAUGAUCACUUCAGGCCACCUCCCAAGAGAACAAUGACAAGAACCAUCUCAACUGCCAAGAAAAAACGACAAGAUGAUUUAUGGCGCUACUCAAAAGAACCAAUUAAACAAGCCCUCCUAAAGAAAAUUGCUGGUAAAGAAGAUUUGAAUCAGGAGGCUUGUGAAUGUUUCUUAUCGAUUCUAAAAUAUAUGGGAGACCAUCCAAGUCGGAAAGGUAGACCUUUGAAUGAAUUAACAGACGAAAUUUUCAAAAUAGCAUUGAAAGUGGAAAUCCUUCGAGACGAAGUCUACUGCCAAAUAAUUAAACAAUUGACUGACAAUAAAAACAGAUUGGGUGAAGAGCGUGGUUGGGAACUAAUGUGGCUUGCCACUGGUUGUUAUGCUCCCAGUAAUGUACUGCUGAAGGAACUCACGUUGUUCUUGAGAUCACAUAUUAAUCCACUUGCUCACGACUGUCUGCAGCGAUUACAGAAAACUUUAAGAAAUGGUACCCGUAAAUAUCCUCCCCAUCACGUUGAAGUGGAGGCUAUUCGUCACAAAACAACCCAGAUUCUCCACAAAGUAUAUUUCCCUGAUGAUACUGAUCAGGCCUUUGAAGUUGAUUCAAGUACCAGAGCCAAGGACUUCUGCCAAAAUAUAGCCCAAAAACUUCGCCUUAAAUCCUCUGAAGGUUUCAGUUUGUUUGUCAAAAUUGCAGACAAAGUCAUUAGUGUCCCAGAAGGAGAUUUUUUCUUUGAUUUUGUUCGUUAUUUAACUGAUUGGAUACGCAAAGCAAGACCUGCUCGUGAAGGAACCGUUUCCCCAUUUACUUACCAAGUAUUCUUCAUGAAAAAGUUAUGGACCAACACAGUUCCAGGAGUAGACGUAAAUGCUGAUACCAUCUUUCAUUAUUUCCAGGAACUUCCAAAAUAUCUUCGGGGUUAUCAUAAGUGCACCAAAGAGGAUGCUGCCCUGUUAGCCUCUCUGAUCUACAGAGUCAAAUAUGGUGAAGACAAAAGCCAACUGCCAACCAUUCCGAAAUCCUUCAGGGACUACAUUUCUUCUGAUUUAAUAAGGUCACAGAGCCCAGAUGAUUGGAAGAAGCAAAUAAUAUCAAAUUACAACGCCGCUGCUGGAAUGACUGACCAAACGGCUAAAGUUGAGUUCCUCAAGAAAAUUGCCACCUGGCCAACAUUUGGAUCUGCUUUCUUUGAUGUUAAACAAAGUAUGGAGGCCAACUAUCCUGAGCAGCUUCUAAUUGCUAUCAACAAGAAUGGAGUGAAUUUGAUACAUCCAAAAACAAAGAAUAUAUUGGCAACGCAUCCAUUUACCAAGAUUUCUAACUGGAGCAGCGGUAACUGUUACUUCCAUAUGACCAUUGGCAACUUAAUCAGAGGAAACAAACUUCUCUGUGAAACACAAAUGGGCUAUAAGAUGGAUGAUCUGCUUACUUCAUACAUCAGUUUGAUGUUGACGACAAUGAACAGACUUAAGUCAAAACCAUCUUCAUAAUUGGUGCAAAAUGGUUUCCCCCCC